GGACAAAACCUCUUAGCCUAAUAAUAACAAAGCAGAGACAUUAAAUCUGCAAAUUGCAAUAAUUGUUAUCCUCUCUAUUGACUCUUUCUGCCCUGCAAGAGAAAUGGCUUAUGCUGCUAUUUCUUCACUUAUGUAUACAUUGGAACAACUCCUAAAGCCUAAUCACUCUUUGGUUUGUCCAAGUUCUACACAACAACAUGUUGAAUCUCUCUAUCAAAAUCUCUCUGCUCUGCAAGAUUUCCUUGAUGAUACUACCACAAAGGAUAUUGAAACUCUUAAGGUUAUAGAAAAGAGGAUCAGAAAUGUAGUUUACAAAGCAGAAGAUAGAAUUGAUUCAAGUCUAAGAAGCAUCAUUGUAGCAGAUCACGAGGACAAGCGGCAAAAGGCAUGUACAUCCUUUUAUGAAGAAUUGUUGAAAGUGGAACAACAAGUUUAUUUUCUCAACAAAGAGGUGAUGUUGAUCGAGUUUAACAACCAUGGAAGCAAAUCUGCAGAAUUAGCAAGAAUUUCCUCCUCACUAGAAAAAAGUACAAUCGAGGAAAAUACUAUUGUUGGGAUGGAGGAUGACUUCAACAUCAUACUUGAUCGCGUUACUACCCAAACAGACGAGUUAACUGUCAUACCAAUUUUUGGUAUGGGCGGUAUAGGUAAGACAACUCUUGCCAGAAAAGUUUAUGAUGAUUCAUACAUUCGUUCUCGAUUUGAUAAACAAGCAUGGGUCACUAUCUCUCAAGAAUACAAUGAGAGACAAAUGCUUCUUGAACUUGUCUCUUCAAUUACUGGAAGCAAGAAAGAAACAAGCGAUGAUGAACUAAUGGAGAUUGUGUAUAGAGGUCUUAAGGGUAGGAAAUUUCUAAUUGUCAUAGAUGAUAUUUGGAGUACAAAGGCUUGGGACCAAAUGCAAAGAACAUUUCCAAAUGAUGACAAUAGAAGCCGAAUUCUAUUAACCACUCGGCUUAAGUAUGUUGCUGAUUAUGUCAACUGCCCUGAUUUUCCGCCUCAUAAUAAGUCUUUUCUAAGUCAAAAUGAUAGUUGGAAUCUAUUCACCGAAAAAUUAUUCAAAAAAGAUUCGUGUCCUCCUUUACUUGUAAAAAUAGGGAAGCAUAUUGUACAACAAUGUCAAGGAUUACCUCUCUCGGUGGUUGUCGUUGCUGGACUUCUUGGAAAAAUGGACCCUACACAUGAUAAUUGGAAGAAGGUUGAGGAAAAUCUGAACUCAUUCUUUGGUACGGUGUCCGAACGGUGCCAAUCAAUUCUGUCUCUGAGCUACAAUUAUUUGCCCCAGUAUUUGAGGGCUUGUUUUCUCUAUGUUGGAGGUUUUCCUGAAGAUAUGGAGAUUGAUGUUUCCAAGUUGAUUAGGUUAUGGAUUUCAGAGCAAUUCGUAAAGGCAAGAAGCAAUAAAAGAUUAGAAGUGGUGGCAGAGGAGUAUCUACAAGAGUUAAUUGAUAGAAGUCUAAUUUUGGCUGAUAAACAAUGGGUUCAUGGAAUGAUGAGAAGUUGCAAAAUUCAUGAUCUUCUUCGCCAACUAUGCCUAAGUGAAACUCAUACUGAAAAUGUUGUGCAUGUCAUGAAUGGGAAAGUUCUCAAAGCCAUAGAUGGUCAAUGUCGAGUUAUCCUUCUGUCAAAUUAUGAAGAGAAGUAUGAUUAUUUUCCGCGACAUAGCAGUGGUAUUGUCCGUACCUUUAUUUCAAUGGGUGUAGCUUUUCCAAAAGAGAUGUGUUCCAUUAUUUCAGAGUUCAAGUUGAUUAAGGUGUUGGACGUGUUACCAGUCCUGUACGAUUUCUCUAGUGUAAUACCUGAGCUUGUACAUUUGAGAUAUGUUGCUGCAAGAAUUGAGGAAGGUCUUUCACUAGCCAAAUUGAGAAAUCUACAGACCAUAAUUCUUCAAAGAUAUUUCUCCAGACCAACAACGUUGAAGCAGCCAGUAGAUAUCUGGAGUAUGUCAGAGAUAAGACAUGUGGAUAUUCAAUUUCCACUAUAUAUAUCAAAUCCUGUUGAAGCAGAACAACCUUUGUGCCUUCUGAAUAACUUGCAAACACUUUAUCCCUAUAACUCUCCUUUUGUUGAGGAAAUCAUAAGAAGAACUCCCAAUCUAAAAAAGCUAAAGAUUUUAGAUAUAUCUGAGCAUUCUGAUUGGGCUGUUAUUCUUGAUUCUCUCAGUAUUUUACAGGAUCUGGAGACACUACACAUACAAAACAUUGAUCCGAUGAUUAUCUCUGAAGACAUUUCUCUUCCUAAUCUUAAGGAGUUGAAUUUAUCAAAUACUUGUAUUCCAUGGGAAGUUGUGAAUUUGCUGGCUAAUUUACCCAAUCUUGAGAAGCUCUAUGGGCAUGCUGCAUUCGAUGGAACAGAUUGGAAAGUAGAUGAAGAUGUUGUAUUUCACAAAUUAAAAUAUCUACGUCUAUAUACGUGCAGAGAUCUGGAAAGGUGGGAAUUAGCAGCUGGUAGUGAUAAUUUUCCGAUGCUUGAGAAUUUAAUACUGUUUGAAUUGCCUAAACUAGAGGAGAUUCCGGAGAGUAUUGGAGAAAUAAUGACACUAAAAUUCAUCCAAAUAGAAUGGUGCAGCUUUGGUGUAGAGACAAGUGCAAAGAAAAUUCAACAAGAGCAACAAAGCUUGGGAAAUUAUGAGCUUCUCAUUAAAAUUACUCCUAUACCUAUGAAGGAAUGAAAGACGAAGAGAGAGAAGGGUACUUGAAGGAAGCUGGUGCUGAUUAUAUGCUUCCACAUCUUCUCAAUUUGGUAAAGCAGAUAAAAUCAUCAUCUAUUUGCUUGGGAAGAUCUAGGGCUCUACAUAUAUAGGCUGGGAUAAGAAACCUUUACAGAAUAGGGAGACAGUGAAGGUACCACUUGUUGGACGCGUGAUUGAGGUAUCUCGUAGAGCUUUGAUGCUUUUAACACAUGCUCUAAUGGGGUUUGGAAAAGAUCCCUCCAUGUAAAUUACAGUGCACUGUUUUUAAGUGUUUCAAUUAGUUUUUACCAUGUAAGAAAUAUGUAUGUUUGCUUGAAAAAAUGUAGAGAUAAUUAUUCAGUUGAUCCAUUUGGGCCUCCAUAGACAAUUUCCAUCCUAUUAUUUAAG